AUCUGCUCCAUUCCACCUUAAGAGCAGCUUUAGCAGCCUGUCCUGUUUGUGUUGAAGCCAACAGGCACAAUAUAUUACAGUCUAGGGCUUGCUGCUGAAAAGCCUGCUGGAUCCUCCACUGACCUGCUCUUCUUUCCUGUUUUCCCCUUGUUCUUUUUUUUUUUUUACUUCCCAUCAUAUUUAAAAAAAACAAAGCUCACUCACUCUCUGUCCUCCUCAUCCCUCCUCUUCCAUUCUGCAGCAGCGUGUCACAGAGGAGGAAGCCCAAGCUAGAAGAGGGAGACCAUCCAUCUGUGUGUUUAUGUUUCUGUCAGUGGACGGCCGGGUGAAGAAGGGCCACCGAGAGACGUGAGGAACAAGAGGUGGGGGGAGACGACCACGAAAAAGAAGAGAAGGAGAGAGGAUGUAAUUGUCACGUUUGGAUCUUGACUGAUCGCAGCAGGAGGACGACUUGAUAAGAGGAGAGCGUGGAAACUAAGUCUUGUGUGUUCUCAUGACAGUGUUGGAUACGAGCGCAUUGGAUUGACUUUGCAAAAAGACGACAAAGAAGUGGACUUUGUGAACCAGUGGAGGGCAGAGGAGUGGAGGGCCAGGGGACUAACCUGGCCAUCAAACGGACUGGAAGCCUCUCCUCUCCUGGGAUCAUGUACCCUCAGGGCAGGCAUCCGGUCCCCUUGCAACCUGGCCAGUCUUUCAAGUUCACCGUCCUGGAAACUCUGGACCGCAUCAAGGAGGAAUUCCAGUUCCUCCAGGCCCAGUAUCACAGCCUCAAGCUGGAGUGUGAGAAGCUGGCCAGCGAGAAGACCGAGAUGCAGCGGCACUACAUCAUGUAUUACGAAAUGUCCUACGGGCUCAACAUUGAGAUGCACAAACAGGCGGAGAUUGUGAAGCGUCUCAGUGCCAUCUGCGCUCAGAUCAUCCCUUUCCUCUCUCAAGAGCACCAGCAACAGGUGGUGCAAGCAGUGGAGCGGGCCAAGCAGGUCACCAUGGCUGAACUCAACGCCAUCAUCGGGCAGCAGCAGCUCCAGCACCUGUCCCACCACGCCCCAGGUAUCCCCCUGACGCCGCACCCGUCCGGAUUGUCUCUAGGUGCGGGGGGCUCUGGGCUCCUGGCGCUGACGGGGGCCUUGGGGGUGUCCGCCCACCUCGCCGCCAAGGACGAGCGCAACCACCUUGACCCGGAACAUCUCCGAGAGGGAGCACCCAGCAGGAGUAAGUCGGCGUCGUCGACAGACAGUCAGCCCCCGGAGGAGCGUCAGGGGCCAUCGGGCGGUUACGCCUCCUCGCAGGGAGGGGCAGAGGCCAAGAGGAGACGCUGCGAGGACAAAGAGCCCCUCGCGCCGCACUCAUAUGACAGCGAUGGGGAUAAAAGUGAGGACAAUCUGGUGGUGGACGUGUCCAAUGAGGAGCCUAAUUCCCCAGUUGGCACUCCACCUCAUUCUCCCCGUGGGAACGGUUUGGACCGGGCCCCUGCCUUAAGGAAAGAGCUCCCGGGUUCCUCGGGCCCCGCAGAGCCACCCUCCACCCCCAACCCGUGCAGUCCCGCUCCGGGCAAGGCCAAGGAUCCCACACAGAUGGACAAGUCCCAGUCGCCCUUGUCCAAGUCCAGCACCCCGUCGCCGUCGCACCGCGAGGCCCUCACCCCGGGAGCGCCCGGUCCCAGCACUUCCUGCCUUCGCCUGGUUAGCAAAGCGGCGUCUGCUGCGGACCCCCUCGCACUCCGCAGCCCCAUGUCUGUGCCGGCCGGUUCGUACCCAGCUCACUUUGGCGUGGUGUCCCACGCAGGGCUCAACGGGGAGCUGGCCAGUCCCGGAGGAUUUGGCGGGGCUCUGACGCUCUCGCCCCAAAUCAGCGCAGCCGCUAGCGCCUACGCUCGAAGCCCCAUGGUGGCUUAUGACUCUCGAUCUCACCUGAGGGCCCCGGGCCUGUCGUCCUCUCUGCCUGGCUCAUCUGGCGGCAAGCCGGCUUAUUCGUUCCACGUGAGCGCAGACGGCCAGAUGCAGCCGGUGCCCUUUCCUCCCGACGCACUGCUGGGCCCGGGCAUCCCUCGCCACGCGCGGCAGAUCCACAGCCUGAGCCACGGCGAGGUGGUGUGCGCCGUCACCAUCAGCACCUCCACGCGCCACGUCUACACGGGGGGCAAAGGCUGCGUCAAGGUCUGGGACAUCAGCCAGCCGGGCAGCAAGAGUCCCAUGGCGCAGCUCGACUGCCUGAACCGCGAUAACUACAUCCGCUCUUGUAAGAUCCUACCCGACGGGCGCACGUUGAUCGUGGGCGGCGAGGCCAGCACGCUGUCCAUCUGGGACUUGGCCACGCCCACCCCUCGCAUCAAAGCCGAGCUGACGUCGUCAGCGCCGGCCUGCUACGCGCUGGCCAUCUCGCCCGACAACAAGGUGUGCUUCUCCUGCUGCAGCGACGGCAACAUCGUCGUCUGGGACCUGCACAACCAGACGCUCGUCAGACAGUUCCAGGGCCACACGGACGGAGCGAGCUGCAUCGACAUCUCCAAUGACGGCACCAAGCUGUGGACGGGAGGACUGGACAACACGGUGCGCUGCUGGGACCUGAGGGAGGGACGCCAGCUGCAGCAGCACGACUUCACCUCACAGAUCUUCUCGCUGGGUUACUGUCCGACGGGCGAGUGGCUGGCGGUGGGGAUGGAGAGCAGUAACGUGGAAGUCCUGCACGUGUCCAAGCCCGACAAGUACCAGUUGCACCUUCACGAGAGCUGCGUGCUCUCCCUCAAGUUCGCCUACUGCGGCAAAUGGUUUGUAAGCACCGGCAAAGACAACUUGCUGAAUGCGUGGAGGACCCCGUACGGAGCCAGCAUCUUUCAGUCCAAGGAGUCAUCGUCGGUAUUGAGCUGCGACGUGUCCCCGGACGACAAGUACAUCGUGACCGGCUCGGGGGACAAGAAGGCCACGGUGUACGAAGUAGUCUACUGAGAUUCUGGUUCCCCUUGACAACCGCUCGCUCAUCCCAUAAUACCGCGGAAGCCUCCCCCUUCCACCUUUACAGCAAGAAUGGGCAGUGGAGCAGACAAGAGAAGUCAGACAGAAAUCAAAAGGGAGAUGAGGCACUAUUUAUGGAUGAACCUAAGAUUCACUUGAGCGACUAACAGUAAACUGGUUCAGUGUCCAAAAAAUGUGAAUCUUAAAGUCAGCUUUGCCCAGCUGAUCACAUUUUCAUUUUACAGGCUGCCAUUUUGCUUUUUGUCCUGAGGCAAAAUUUGAAGUAUAAAUGAGCGUCUGCUACAUAACCACUCGUUUUUUGCCAUUCAUGAAAUGCAACAAACAGUUAAACACGCAAAUACAAAUUGAAAACACGCACAAAGAGCUGCUGUAGGCCACAACUCACAUCUAAAUAUUCACGUAGACCAAUUUGACCCAAUCAAACUUGUGAUGAUACUCAACUAGACACAUAUUCAACACAUAUACUACAGUACAAUAUGUAACAAAUAAACUUGAUUCCAUCUUUUUUUCCAAAAUUAAAUUCAGCUGAAGCGGUUAGUGCAUACUAGGUUCAUCCUGAAAUUCUACCCGAAAGCCGAGAGAGCGUGAGCGAGAGAGAAUGUAAAUGAAAAGGAGGCGGCUGCCUAAUGAGGGCUGUUUCCUGAUUAAGAGCUCAGCAGAGCAAGGGUAGCCCCUCACACCUCCCACCCCCAGAGGAGCACUGAUAGAGCGCACCGUCGUUUCAUUAGGCACGCGCACACACGCGCACACAAGGGAAGCUGUAAUGAGGCCCACGCCACGCCGCCGCACGCUCUGCCCGCCGAGAGGUGUCACAAGGCAUGGGAAGCUCCCACGUCACCCGGGGAGGGGGGUUGAGUGGGGGACAUGACUCCCCCCUCCUAUCAGAAAAGACACAGCCAAUUAAACAGCCUCCUUGCUUAUUAUCUCUGAUUUCCUUCUGACGACGUCUAAUGCGCGCCACUCUGUUCUCCUGUCAGCCAACAGAGGGCCCCACUAGUGUGCCCCCCCUCUCACACACACACACUCACACACUAAUGCGCCCCUCACAUUUCCCUUCAGAUAUUACGCAACAAGUUUUGCAUUCAUAUGAUUGCUGAUUUUGUACUUCUUUCAAGGCUAUUCUGUCCACUGUCCUUCAUUUUGAAUGCCUGUCUAUAGUAUUCAAGGUUGCCUGUAACAGAUGUGUCAAAUCUAAAUGUGACUUUUUUUUAAGCAAAGGUGAUAGGCAGCAUCAACAAAGCCACUUGCCCUUAAAGUACUUUUCAUUGUGUUAAUUUCUUUUCAUGAGAAUCUAGGAAGAUUUUGCACAAAAGCUGUGAUUUCUUCUCACAAUAAUGACUGGAAUUGGGCCAAAAUGUGAAAAAUAGAGAAGGCAGAACCGCUGUUGAUGCUACCAAGCACACCAAAGAGAAGAAAUACAGUUCAGACUGUAAAUUGUAAAGAUUCAGGUAUUUUCCGUGUAGGCAUAAGACUAAUCUAUGUUGGCUAAUCUAGGAAAACAAAGCAUUGCCUUUUUGUGCAAUGAUCUAUUAAAUUUUCAUGCGACAACGGUAGCAAUCAAUUGGGAACGCAGGCCUGUUGCACUGAUGAUCUUUUUUUUUUUUUAAUAGUUUUUAUUUUAGUUGGAAGUGUGGACCAUGUUGAUGCUUUUGCCUUUCUGCCUGUCAGCCACAACACUAAUUCUCUCCUUAUUACACACACGCAGCUGUAUGUAUGUAUGUACAGUAUAUGUAUGUUUGAUUACCAUGCAUUUGUUUGUUUUUUCUUGUUACAAUUCACAAGCUGCUGUACAGUUUGCUUUUCUUUAAAAGGCCGAGCAGGCUUUGUCCCACCGUGUUGUCUUUCCUCCCAUGUGCUGUAUAAACGAACUGAUGCUAAUGUAAAAAUGUGUGCAAAAUAAACAAUGUUCAUGUC